AUGCAGUUAUGUUCUGGUUUUAAAAUCAAGUCAGUUGGUGUUAGGUGUUUUGCUUUCCCGCCGUAUAUUGUUACUACGAAGCAGAACAUUAACCAGGUUCAGUCUACGCCGAACUUGUGGUUUUAUUCUGUUGUGGACCAUGAUUAUCUAUUUCCCGGCUAUAACGUUAAUGAGUGUAUCUAUGACAGUGGUUUCAAUGGUUUGUUUGGCACCCCUGAGUUGAACAAUUGGGCAAUCAAUUGUGAGCCGCAGAUGGCUUAUAAAACUGGAGUGAAUGCUCUUGAAAUUCAGCCGAUGAAUACCAACCCUUUUUUGCAUCCUGCUAUCCAACUUAUCAAACAGACGGAGGAUUUUAAUUUUAAGUGGGAUGCUGAAGAUCAUGGUUGGAUACAUGCUGCUAUGCCCUAUCUUACGAAUCAUGAAGUUGGUGCUGCUGCUAAUUAUUUUAAGGCUAAUAAUGAUGGUGUGCUCUUGGUGCUUUAGAGUCUUGGAUGUCUGGUAUGCAAACAUAUUUGUAUUCACCUAAUAUCGUGUAUGGUGGUAAUUGUGUUCAGGCCCUGCCAAUGGGAUAUCGACAUAAAGAGAGUGGUAAUCUCAUCGCCAAUUGUUAUCAGUAUUCUGAAACUGUGCCGUGUAAUUCAGUGGAUAAAGAGCAUGGUGUUAAUAAUUACGCUGUGGCGUCGGGUAAUAUCACGUUCGGCGGUUCUCAAGCUUAUGAUCGUACCGAUCAAAAUGUGGUUAACCGGUUUUUGACGUGUUUAAAUUGGUCAAAGGGUAUGAUGUCUGGAUUGAACACUGUAUCUAAGCCCCCCCCCCCCGUGUAUUAUUUAAGGCAGAGCCCAUUCCUGAAGAUACUGGUACUGUGACGUGGAAGUUUCUAGCCGAGUAUUCGAGUUUAAGCCUAAUAUCAUGGGAUAUUCUCCUCUCGAUCUUGGUAAUGUUAUGGCUGGCUGGUGUGGUUCUAACAUGUGGGGUCAUCGUACCAGUCCUGGUGUUUAUGAGUCCAAUUUUGGUAUUCAACAGAGUGCUAAUAGUCGUUUUGGUCCUACCUUGUAUAAGGGCAUAGUCCCCCCACCUUACUGA